UUGUGGCAGUGCAGAGGAACAGUUGCAAUUGUUGGCAAUAUGAUUGAUACAAAAAUUUUGCAGUUCUUGGCGUUGAUCGCAUUCAUAGUGGCGUGUUGUGAGGCGCAUUAUCCCUAUGGUCAGCAAUAUUACAACCACCAGCAUGGCGGUUACAGUAAUCAAAAUGCCAAUGUUAACAAUUACAACAAUAUCAACAACAAUAACAAUGUAAACAGUAAUUACAAUCCCAACAACAUUCAAAAUAACAACAAUAAUAAUAACAGCAACAGACGCAAUGCACACAACAACAAUCCAUUGUUGGCAAUAAAUUUGCCAAAAAUCUACUUGGGCGAUUUCGAGUAUAUGCCCACGCCCGACGGUUAUCGCUUCUCUUACCAACUGGCCGAUGGCACACGGCGCACAGAGGUUGGCCAAAUUCCCAACAUCGCCAAUUCUGGUAUCUAUAUGUCGGACGAGCGUUCCACAGCUGAACGUACUGCUCUUCGUAUGCGUGCCAGAGCCAAUACGAAGAAUCGUAAAUUAUCACCGAAAUCGUUGCAAUCGCUGGCGGGUUGAUGGCUUGAGCUGCAGGGUGCAGGAGUAGGGGGUAUGGUGUAGAGAGAGCUAAUAGCUUAACUAGCGUGAAUUGUUGACUCACAGAGGUGUUGUAUGUAGCGUGUGCGCAUGCGCGUAUAAACCAUGUCAGGCGGUCGUGACAGCGUGUUGCUACGAGUAGUAGUAAUGGUCAGCGUGUCAGUUGCUUGACCUGUUGACAUUCUUUCGUUAGGUUUGUGCUAAAACAAUCUAAAAGUAUUUUUUCUAUCCACUUCUUGGAAUAAGUGUAUUUAUAUUCAUUCAAUUUUGAGCUUGAACGUGUUUUUGUGUCUAAGGGUAUUUUUGUUGUUGUGUGUGUUUGAAUAUUAAGGAAUUUAGUACCAUAAAUAUUAUUGUUGUUUUUGUUGUUGUUAAAUUUUUAGUGCUAUAAUUAAGUAUGAUUAGAAAGUCUGGGGGAAAUCCACCAUUUCCUCAAAGUUUUUAAACAAUAAAAUCCAAAACGCUUAUAUAAUAUCGCUUUUAUUUGUUUGCACUCUACGGGGAACUUUUGUAUUUGCUUUUGUCUUUGAGAAUUUCAUUAAGUUUGGC